AACCUCCGUGAUCCUGUUAGGAAAACCAAACCUAACCAAACCAGGGUGCUCUGUGCUGUCCCUCCAGCAGGGCCCGCCCUGAGUCGUCUCCUCCCCCACAGGUAUUUCCUGCAGGGAGUGUGUCGAGAGGGGAGCAAGUGCCUGUUCUCACACGAUCUGUCCACCAGCAAGUCCUCCACCGUCUGCAAGUACUACCAGCGGGGGCAGUGCGCCUACGGCUCCCGCUGCAGGUACGACCACGUGAAGCUCCCGGCCCCGGGCGGGGCCGCAGCCCCGCCUCCCCCCGCUGCCCCCCCGAGCCCCCGGCAGCCCCCGGAGCACGGCCCCGGCACCCGGAGCAGGAGGGAGAAGAGGACGCUGGUGCUCAGGGACAGGAAUCUGUGUGGCUCAGGAGAGGAGAAGCCGCCGCCGGGCGCCCCCGGGGACGGGGGGAGCUGCAGUGAGCCCGCGGAGAGCCUGGAGGUGAAGCCCCACUCGUACCUGGAGGCCAUCUGCAGCGGGCUGGCAGAGCCCGGGCCCGAGGUGCCCUGCGGGGCCGGGGGGCAGCUGUGCCCCUACUCGGCCCGGGGGCCAUGCCCCGUCGGGGAGCGCUGCCCGUACCUGCACGGGGACCUGUGCGACAUCUGCGGCCUCCACGUGCUGCACCCCCACGACCCCGAGCAGAGGAGGGCCCACGAGAUGAUGUGCAUGGCCACGUUUGAGCACGACAUGGAGAAGGCCUUUGCCUUCCAGGCCAGCCAGGACAAGGUGUGUUCCAUCUGCAUGGAGGUGGUGUAUGAGAAACCAUCGGCCUCAGAGAGGAGGUUUGGAAUCCUGUCCAACUGCACCCACACCUACUGCCUGUCCUGCAUCCGGCAGUGGAGAUGUGCCAAGCAGUUCGAGAACCCCAUCAUCAAGUCGUGCCCCGAGUGCCGAGUGAUCUCCGAGUUUGUCAUCCCCAGUGUGUACUGGGUGGAGGAGCAGGAGAAGAAGAAUGAGCUGAUUGAAGCCUUUAAGCAGGGAGUGGGGAAAAAGCCCUGCAAGUACUUUGAGCAAGGGAAGGGGACGUGCCCCUUUGGCGGGAAGUGUCUGUACCUGCACGCGUACCCCGACGGCACCCGCGCCGAGCCCGAGAAACCCCGCAAACAGCUGAGCUCCGAGGGCACAGUGCGGUUCUUCAACUCGGUGCGUCUGUGGGACUUUAUCGAGGACAGGGAGAGCCGGGCGGCGCCGGGCACGGACCAGGUCACGGAGCUGGGGGAGCUGUUCAUGCACCUCUCGGGGGCUGAGGAGGACCCUGCUGCUGCCCAGUGAACACAGCACAGCCCUCCACCCACAGCAGUGCAGCUAUUUAUUAGCCUUGCCUUUACUCUCUGCAGCACAGGUAGAACAAAAGUGCCCUGUGGUUUACUGUGCAGUCCCGGUGAAGUUUUCAGAUAGUUUUUGUAUGGCAACAAAAAUACUAAAAUAUAUUUAAAAAAAUAAAUCGACUGCAUGGAAAAAAAAAUCCCUUAAUCCCAAGAGGGUUUUCUCCCUCUCUGGCCUAACAUAUGCUGUCUUGUGAGCUGAGUGGUAGUGUAAAUACAGUGCCAGGUAAAGCUUAAGCUGGUAAAAACUGUUGCUAAAUAGAGUUUGGGUGCUUUUUUUUGUUUUCUCCACUAAAUCAACUAAAUGUAUAACUACAAAACCCACUGGGAAUAAUGGUUAGUGUACAUUUUUCUCCUUAAAAAGGAGACCUGAGAUUUAAGACCUUACACAUUAUACCUCAGACAGUACCUAGAGUUCAGCAUAAAGUUUACUGCACUCUUGGGGGUGGAUGUCCUGGGAGUGGGGCUGGACAAGGCCUGGCUCUCCCAGACAGGGUUCCCACCCUUGUUUUAUGCAAACUGAAGUGCAGGGAGGCAAGAAGUGGCUCUUGGAGCAGCUGCUGUAAAGCAAAUGCAGCUGCACUGAAUCAGAAACUCGGGCAGAGCAACACUGGUGUCACAAGGCAGAGCUAAAUUGAACUUACAGCACAAACUGGAGCUUGGAAACUGCAGCAUGAGAGAAAGGUGUUGUCAGUAACCCGACCCACCAUCCUGCCCCAGCACUGGGAGUGGCUCUGCAGCUGCUCUCUGUCUCCAUCUGCCUUUUCCAGAGCAAGGCCAGCGAUGUUAGAGGCACAGCAGGGGUGAGGGAUUUAGGCACAUCUCUGCUGAGUGAACAGAGUUUACUGAAUUCUGGUUUUGUUAAAAAUGGCAUUCAUGUUUGUGCUGCAAAGGGAGUUAGAAACUGUGAAAUUUGACACACAAAGUUAAUUCUGCUCAGUCGUUUGCAUGAACUUUGCAGUUAAACUAAGAAUUGUGUCUGGACACAGGUGAAGUGGCUGCUGAGUCACAGCAUGAACACACCUGAGCUGGUCCUGCCCCUGCAGGGGAGGGGAGCUCAGGUUCUCUAAAUACAUCCCUUGGGAUUAGAGUGAAACCACAAUGAACAAACAGUGUCUGUAAAUAUAUAUAUGUGUGUGUGUGUGUAUAUAUGCACAUAUAUAUAUGUAGGGUUUAUUUUAGAACAAUUCAGUUAAAGUGGAAAGCAGGGAUGGAGUCAGUUUGGUUAUUAUUUAUAUUAUUAUAGCAACACAAAGGCAUAACAAUAACACUUCUGAAAGUGGGAAAGAAAGAAAGAGAAAGGAAGCAUCAGAGUAGAAAGAUCUCACCCCGCAUGGAUCCAGUGCUGAGGUUUGGCUGGUGCAGUUUGCACGUCCAUGGGUCAGUGAUGGUCACAGUCCUGAUCCAUCGGGGAGGGGAAGAGCCACAGAACACCAAGGUCAGUGGAUAAUGUUCCUUCAGGGUUAGGUGGGAACACCCAGGUACCUCCCCUGGGUGUGAGGCAAAGGGCAGGAACCUUAAUCUGGGAUUCCAACACCUGCCAAUGGCAGCCAGUGAAUGACCCCAGGAUUAUCCACUGCUGGUUGGCUUUUCUGGGUCAGAAGUGGAGCUGAGAAAGCCCUGGAUGGCAGCCCAGCACCUGUGUAGGGGAGAACUGCCCUCUCUGUGCCCAGCACUUCCCCCAGACUGAAUAUGCCAGGUUUGCUCUCUGUUCUGACCCGGGAAAUGGAACUUGCCCAGAAAUAUUUCCCC